CUGUUGUAGAGUCAGCCGCUUCAUCUCAGCAGAAGGCACAAUGUCAUUCUCUACACAAAGCUCCCAGCUGGGCACGGCUGCCCACUUGCAGGGCACAGCUCCUGGUGGCAGCGCUCUGUCCGUCAGGAGCGUGGCUGUGCAGCGGAUCCAGGCACCCAGCGUCUAUGGCGGGGCGGGCGGCUAUGGCACCCGCAUCUCCAGCAGCAGCGUCCGCAGGCAGAGCUCCAGCGGCGCCUUCCACUCCAACAUCUCUGACAACGAUCUACUGCUCUCUGGUAAUGAGAAAUCAACCAUGCAAAAUCUAAAUGACCGUUUGGCUGCCUAUCUGGAGAGGGUGCGCUCUCUGGAGAAAGCAAACUCCCUGCUUGAAAAGCAGAUCAAGGAGUGGCAUGAGAAGAAUACAGUAGGCGUAAGGAGUGACUACAGCUCAUACUUCCAAACAAUCGAGGAUCUUCAAAGCAAGAUCGGUGCUGCACAGUUGGAAAAUGCAAAGCUUGUCCUGCAGAUCGACAACGCCAAGCUGGCUGCUGAUGAUUUCAGGCUGAAGUAUGAAAACGAGCUCUUGCUCAGGCAAAGUGUUGAGAGUGACAUCAAUGGGCUGCUGCGAGUCCUUGACGACCUGACUUUAACCAAAUCAGACUUGGAGUCGCAGAUUGAAAACGUGAAUGAAGAAAUAGUUUUUCUUAAGAAGAACCAUGAGGAGGAGGUUGACAGACUGCGCAAACAAGUGGGCGGCUCGGUUAACGUAGAGGUGGAUGCUGCUCCAGGUACUGAUCUUGCAAGUAUUAUGGAGAACAUGAGACGGCAGUAUGAAGAAAUGGCAGAAAAGAACCGCCAAGAAGCCAAAGAAAGAUUUGAAAAGCAAACAGAAGCGCUGAACCAGGAAGUAGCAAUCAAUGUAGAACAGCUGCAAGAACAAAGGAGAGAGGUGACAGAUCGGAGACAGAUCUGCCAGAGCCUGGAGCUGGAAUUACAGACCCAUCUCAACAUGAAGAAGCCUUUGGAAGACACUCUGGCUGAAACCGAAGCACGUUACAGUUUUCAGUUGGCUCAAAUACAGGAAACAAUUGCCAAGUUAGAGGCUCAGCUGAGGCAACUGCGGGCUGACAUGGAGGCACAGAACACGGAGUACAGCGUCCUGCUGGAUAUCAAGACUCGCCUAGAACUGGAGAUCGCCACAUACCGACGUCUGCUGGAAGGAGAGGACGUCGGGUUAGUCCAAGAGGAUGCAGUGACAACUGAACUUGAAAAAGAAUCAAGUAAAAUUAAAAAGAUCAAGACAAUUGUCGAAGAGGUGAUUGACGGCAAAGUCGUGUCCUCUCAGGUUAAGGAGAUUGAGGAGAAGAUGUGAGCAGCGCCAGCGGAGGGGAGACCACCAAAAGGACACCAUUAAACUUCAUAAAGAAACCAAUGUAUUUCUCCCCGAAAUCAGCAAGGGUUGAAAAAUGCCAAAUUAUCAAAUCUCAAACAGUCUAGUUUUUCAUCUUUGUGUGUGUGUGUGUGUGUUUAUUAAUAAAAUCAAUCAUUUUUGCCUUACACAGCAGAACAUCCAGAGUAGAUUUACAUUCGAAAAAGCAUUAAAAUGUUGAUUCAGUGCAUCUAUUCUGAAUGUGAACUAUCACUGCAGUGCAUUGGAGACUCACUUCAAUAAAUGUGAUUUGCAAAUCAGAAGAAACGCCAAUUUUCAUUUCAUAAUAAAUUAAAAUGCAAAACUG